AUGGCGAGACCGGGGAUGUCGUUGAACGGAGGAGAUACGGGAGGUGGCCAUGAGCCACCUACUGUAUCUUCAACCAUAUAUCGACGGCGCUCCGUGAGAAGCAGGAGCGCGAGUAUAAUAUCGGAUGUUGAAAUGGCCCAUGAAGAGAUCUAUGCUGGGCCUGUUUCGGAAAGCAUUCCCUCCAGCGUUGCCUCCUUUGUCCCCCGCCAAUCUCGACGUGACUCGCAACACAGCUUCACCUACUUCCAUGAAAGCCCAGAGGCGCCAGAGCGGGCGGUUACCGAUGCCGUUGAAGACGAAGAUGAGGAACUUAACGGCUAUGAGGAGGAGUAUGAGGGUGAUGUAGAGGCCCCACAAAGCCCAACUCGUCGUUCAAUGGAUUCUCACCCGCGAGAUUCUUUCGAUGAGCCAUUGCUUCACCGAUAUAACUCGUCCAAGGCUUCUAUGAGGCGGCCACAGCUUGGCCAAACAACUUGCCAGAAAAUAUAUAUCGCCACUGAGGACCUGACUGCGGUCAUUGCAGGAUUCAACACCAGUGUUUCCGGCUAUAUUACGUACAUGGCUAUUUGUAUACUAUCGUGUGGUCUAGGGUAUCUGCUCUUCCGGUGGCUUCCUCGAUGGCGCGUGAGACUAAUCGGCACACCAGUGCCAUUAUGUCAAUGUCAAUGGACUGCAGUUGAGGAUCAAUGGGGGCAAUUCAUGAUCCAUGAGGUCACAAGUCAACCAUAUAGCCGUCCUUUGUCAACAGUCUUCGGUGUCCCAAACAAGGAAGUCGACUCUCCUGCGUUUGGUGAUGAAUAUGAUCCGGUGCUUCCAUAUCUACGAUUCUUGGAUUAUCGCUAUAUUCGAUUUUACUACCAUAUUACUGAGGACCAAUUCCUACAGUGCACCGGCUGGAAGGAUCCAACUUGGACAAACAUUAAAGCUUUACGAGCUGGAUUGGCGGCGGAGGAGCGGGAUUUUAGAGAGCAAGUAUUUGGAUCAAACGUUAUAGAAAUCAAACAGAAAAGCAUUCCGCAAAUCACAGUUGACGAGGCCUUCCAUCCAUUUUACAUUUUUCAAAUUGCCAGCUUGAUUCUCUGGUUUUUGGAUGAAUAUUAUUAUUAUGCCAUCUGCAUUUUUCUUAUCUCGGUCUUCAGUAUUACUGCAACCACUAUAGAGACUAGAUCGACAAUGCGUCGUCUAAGCGAAAUCGCUCACUUCGAAUGCGAUAUCCGGGUAUUAAGGAGCGGGUUUUGGAGAUCAAUUCGGUCUCGUGAGUUGGUUCCAGGGGAUGUGUAUGAGGUCUCCGACCCGUCCCUUACUCAGGUUCCAUGCGAUUGCCUCCUUCUAUCGGGAGACUGCAUCGUUAAUGAGAGCAUGCUGACAGGCGAAUCCGUCCCCGUUGCAAAAACUCCUGCCACAAAUGAAGCUCUUGCUGCACUGGACAUAAGUGCGCCAUCUGUUCAACCUAGUGUGGCAAAACAUUCUCUUUUCUGCGGAACGAGGAUAAUAAGAGCUAGACGCCCACAGGACCCUCAAGGCGACGAAGCUGUCGCGCUGGCAAUGGUUAUACGAACUGGGUUUAAUACAACUAAGGGUGCCCUUGUUCGCUCAAUGCUUUUCCCGAAGCCAUCUGGCUUUAAAUUUUACCGAGAUUCUUUCCGAUAUAUAUUAGUUAUGGGAAUUAUUGCUACUUUUGGAUUUAUCGCAUCAUUCAUAAAUUUUGUUCGAUUGGGGCUUCCGUGGCAUAUCAUUAUCAUUCGUGCUCUGGACCUUAUCACCAUUGUUAUUCCACCUGCGUUGCCUGCUACUUUAUCAAUCGGAACAAAUUUUGCUCUUUCUAGACUCAAAAAGCAGCAAAUAUUUUGCAUUAGCCCUCAAAGGGUUAAUGUUGGUGGGAAGCUCAACGUUGUUUGUUUUGAUAAGACCGGGACUCUUACAGAGGACGGCCUUGAUGUCUUAGGGGUCAGGGUUAUACGCCAACCAGACUUAAGAUUCAGUGACCUACUUCCGAAACAAUCAGCUAUCAUUCCUCGCCGGUCGAAUGAAAGGGAUCCUACCGUGGACUUCCGUGCGCACAGAGAGAUCCUCUAUACGAUGGCGACGUGUCACUCUUUACGCAUAGUAAAUGGAGAGCUGAUUGGAGACCCCUUAGAUGUGAAAAUGUUUCAGUUUACUGGGUGGUCGUUUGAAGAAGGGAACCAUAAUGCUACAGAUUUCGACUCGGAACACGAUUAUAUUUCUCCAUCCAUCGCCAGGCCUCCAGCUGGGUUUUCUCUCGACGAUAAUGAGAAUGAACCAGAUGGUAAACCGUUCGAACUUGGCGUUCUUCGGUUAUUCGAAUUUGUCUCUCAACUUCGCCGGUCAAGUGUUAUAACUCGACGGUUUGGGGAUCCCGGUGCCUAUAUUUUCGUGAAAGGGGCACCAGAAUGCAUGAAGGAUAUAUGCCUCCCCGAAAGUUUACCUCCCGAUUUCGAAAAUCUGCUUAGCUUUUACACCCAUCGAGGUUUCCGCGUGAUUGCCUGUGCAACAAAAUAUAUCAAGAAACUGAGUUGGAUGAAAGUCCAAAAGUUGACUCGACCGGAGGCCGAGUCAUAUCUCGAAUUUACGGGGUUCAUUAUCUUCGAGAACAAACUGAAACCUACCACCAAAGAUGUCAUUGCCGAUCUAAAUCAAGCACAUAUCCGUAGUAUCAUGUGUACCGGAGAUAAUAUUUUGACAGGUGUCAGUGUUGCCCGCGAAUGUGGUAUUAUAGAUGCCUCCGGCCCAUGCUUUAUACCCCGUUUUGUAGCAGGCAAUUCUUUUGAUCCGGGUGCCCGCCUGAGCUGGGAGAGCACGGAAGAUGCUUCCUAUCAACUUGACGAAAACACUCUCACGCCACUUUCGACUCUCGAUGGAAACGACUUAUCAAUACCUUACCGAUAUUACCAACCACCCAAAUACUCCAUAGCAGUUAGUGGUGAUGUAUUUCGAUGGAUUGUUGAUUAUGGAUCCGUGGAAGUCCUAAAUAAACUGCUUGUUCAUGGCCAAGUCUUCGCCCGCAUGUCACCUGAUGAGAAGCAUGAGCUAGUCGAAAAACUCCAGUCUCUAGAUUACUCUUGCGGGUUUUGCGGUGAUGGGGCAAAUGACUGUGGAGCGCUGAAGGCUGCGGAUGUCGGUAUUUCUCUUUCUGAGGCAGAGGCAUCAGUGGCAGCCCCCUUCACUAGUCGAGUGUUUGAUAUAUCCUGCGUUCCGAAAGUUAUCAAAGAAGGAAGGGCGGCGCUGGUCACGAGCUUCUGCUGCUUCAAAUUUAUGAGCUUAUAUUCCGCAAUACAAUUUACCUCUGUGAGCUUCCUGUAUGCAUCUGCAUCGAAUUUGGGAGACUUCCAGUUCUUAUUCAUUGAUCUUCUCUUGAUAUUACCGAUUGCAAUAUUCAUGGGUUGGACCGGACCGAGCCCAACCCUUGGCCGCAAAGCACCGACAUCAAAUCUAGUUUGCCGUAAAGUGCUGGUUCCGCUUCUUGGUCAGAUUGGUAUUUGCAUUAUAGUGCAGGCCGUUGCGUUUGAAACGGUACAGCUACAGGACUGGUAUAUACCCCCGACACGAAACUCGAACGACACCAACGUGGCAAACUCCCAAAACACAGCGCUUUUCCUUUUGUCAUGCUUCGAGUAUAUAUUUUCCGGGCCUGUACUCAACGUGGGGCGCCCAUUUAGGCAGCCGAUGACUUCGAAUGUUCCUUUUGUUGUUACCAUCAUCGUAACAUUUCUUUUCUCUACGUAUAUGCUUUUCGAACCAGCCAAAUGGCUGUUCAAUUUCAUGCAACUCACGGAGAUGUCUACCUGGUUCAAAGUUUGGAUCCUGGCCAUUGCGCUUGUUGGAUUUGCUAUCGCAUGGAUCGGGGAACGGCAACUUUUCCCUAGGCUGGCCCGUCUUGUUGGAUAUAUUCACUGCUGGUAUCGUCCAGAUCAGGCGAAGCAACGGCGACGGUAUAAAGUUUUGCUUGAGGAAACAUAG